UGUGUGGGAAUUCUCCCCACACAGCCGAGACUCCCAAUUAAUGAAGCGUCUGGCCCAAAUACGAGAUAAAAUACGUGGAUGUUUUAACAACUUGAAUGACACCAUUAUGGGCCUCAGUGCUAGGACCAUUAAUGGGAAGGUAUGGGACAAGAUUAGAGAAUGGAUGGGACUUGGGCACGAAAUGACUACUCUGCUUAGCUCAAUCAAAUGGAUCACGAAGACCCACAAAGGGUCAACAUUGAAAGCAAAAGCGGCAAGACUUGCGUUCUGUGCAUCGGUCUACUAUAUUUGGCAUACAAGAAAUGAGAACUUAUUUGAUGAUGGAACAAAAACAGAGGAUAAUGUGAUAGCAAAGGUCAAGCAUAUGGUAUAUAAAAUACUUUUUAGUAUUUACCCAUAUGA